UAUUAACAGCAUUUUGAAUAUAUGGUAAGAGAAUAUUAAAAAUAAUUUCCCGCUCCCGAAACGAAAGGGACCGACAGAGAAAAGCAUAGCACUAAAAUAAUAAAUUUUCCUUUCUAUGUUCGAACAAAAAUGGAUUAAAUUGGCAACACUGUCAGAUAACAUUCGAAAAACUGUGUUGCCAUUUGCCGCUGCAUUCGUGCUGUCAUUUCGUAUUCAAUGUGGAAAAACAACACAAUUAUUUCGCAUCACGAAUGACGCGGGUCAACGAAACAGCAAGCAGUGUCAGCAAAAGUAUGUAAUAUAACACCACAGACCGACCAAAGCAAAUCAAGAUGUCCGAUUGUCGAGAAUGCCCGUUUGAUCCGCUGCAUAAAAUCGCGGCCAAAAAGUUUGCACAGCAUCUGGUCAAGUGCAAGCGUCAACAUCCGGACGUAAAGCUUGUUACGUGCCAUUUCGAUACAUCCCACCUAGUGAAGGAGGAGAUGCUGAGGGAGCACAUGAAGACUUGUUCCGGCCGGAAAGAUUUGAUGCAGUACAAGAAUACUGUAAACAACAUGCCUGUUGCCAGUGGUUUUAAACUACCUGACCCGGCUGAUGAUCUUAUUUACAAUUCAGCUGGACCCAGCAAUCAGAAAGGAACCGGUGGAAUUUCAUUGCAAGACGAUAGUGAGUGUUGGGAUGAUUUUGCUUACAAGGCUUACGACCCACUUGAAAACUGUAAAUCUAAACUGCAGAAUGGCAAAGCGUUUAUUAUACCCAACGCGAAUAGGUUCGCGGGACAGAUGAAAGAUGCAGCAGUUUUAAAAGAUAAUCAAGCUGCGGCUGAUCCAGACGGUGUGUUGGUGGAACAGGUAGCGGAGGCAGAACGUGCAAGUUCAUUGAAGAAUCACGAUAGUAUUCCACAUAAAGAGCGACAGUACGAUAGAACGUACGGUUGUGGAUCAAGCAAUCUUGGCUGUAUUGUAAAGCAAGAACCGAGUGAUUAUGAAAGCGAAAGUGCUGGAUACAGUUCAAGCAGUAAGCAAUAUAAAGAUAGAGAUUUUGGGGCAAGUUCCAGUUCCAGGCGGUACGAGAUACAACGUGAAAAACAAUACUGCAUCAAUCCAGAAGAGAGAUCAUAUAGAAACAGAGAUCGAUCACGGUCGGAUAGUAGCAGUGGUAGCGAUCGGAAGAGCCCCGUAUAUAAUGGAUAUUUCGACGGACAUGCAUAUCACGGAAGUUAUGAAACUUCCCGUAGCCACCAUCAUAGAGAUAGAUAUGAAGCAAAUCGAAACAGAAGUUACAGGGGAGCAAAUGAAAGACACACCGAUAGCGACUCUAGCAAUAGAUCGUACAAUUAUAGUAAGCAUAAGUACAAGCCCUACCAGAGAUAUAUGUGAACGCACCAAAGCCAAUGUCGUAAUGUCCGUAAUGAUGCCGAAUUACGCUAUUAUUUCUAAUAGUAUCGAAAUUAUUAAUGCAUGUAACGACUAAGACGUAAAAUGCCUAUGCUCUUUAAAAAAAUAAAAGUUAAAAUAAAUAUACUUAUGCAUAUUAUAACAA